AUGACCACACAAGGCAAUCGUCUCCAGGGCAAAGUGGCAAUCGUCACAGGAGCCGCAUCUGGCUUCGGUGCAGCCAUUGCUCGACGAUACUUGGAAGAAGGUGCCCGAGUCCUAGGUGCAGACAUCAACUGGCCAAGUCAAGAGGCUCCCUCUGAGAAUCCCAAUUAUGUUACCCUCAACAUGAAUGUGGCAAGCAAGCAGGACUGGGAAACUGCUAUUCACACCGCAUCCGACAAAUUUGGUCGCUUGGAUAUUGUUGUGAAUAAUGCUGGGACAAGUUAUCGCAAUAAGCCUACCGCCGAAGUCACCGAGGCAGAGUGGGAACGGGUAUUCGACGUCAAUGUGAAAAGCAUCUACUACGCGGCUCAACUGGUCAUGCCCGUCCUCAUCCAACAGGGACAAGGCGGCUCCAUGAUCAACAUCUCAUCGACGGGUGCGACUCGACCUCGACCCGGUUUGGUCUGGUACAACUCCUCCAAAGCCGCCGUCACAAAUGCUACCAAAGGUCUGGCAGCAGAGUAUGGACCGCACAAUAUUCGCGUCAAUAGCGUUGCGCCGCUCCUUUCUGGAACCGGCUUGUUCUCCAUGUUCACGGGCAUGGAAGAUACGCCUGAGAAUCGACAGAAGUUCAUCGGUAAUGUCCCGCUGGGUCGGUUGACGGAGGCGGACGACAUUGCCAAUAUGUGUGUGUAUUUGGGAAGUGACGAGGGGCGCUUCAUCAACGGGACGGAGAUGGUGAUCGAUGGUGGAAAGUGUAUUUAG